AUGGCUAUCAGAGUGGUCGCUGCCGCCCGUCUUCCGGAUUUGCUGUUGCUUUCUGUGUCCAGCACCAUGUUUCUGCCGCCGCCGCCGCUGCUGCUGCUGCUGCUAAUCACUGCCACAGCUGCUGUUGAGGUCAAACGGCCUCGGGGUGUCUCCCUUACCAAUCAUCACUUCUAUGACAAAUCUAAGCCUUUCACCUGCCUGGAUGGUUCCUCCACCAUCCCAUUUGAUCAAGUAAAUGAUGACUACUGUGAUUGUCAGGAUGGCUCUGAUGAACCAGGGACUGCUGCCUGCCCAGAGGGUCGCUUCCACUGUACCAAUGCUGGGUAUAAACCUCACUACAUCCCCUCGAAUCGUGUCAAUGAUGGCAUCUGUGAUUGCUGUGAUGCCACAGAUGAGUACAACAGUGGGGUCAUCUGUGAGAAUACAUGCAGGGAAAUGGGCCGGAAAGAGAAGGAAACUCUGGAACAGAUGGCAGAGGUUGCCCGUGAAGGAUUCCGGCUCAAGAAGAUCCUGAUUGAGGAAGGGAAGAAAGGCCAAGAGGAAAAGAGGAUCAAGCUCCUUGGUUUGCAAGAGUCAAAGAAGGCUUUGGAGGAGCAGGUAGCAAUGCUGAGAGCAGUGAAAGAGGAAGCAGAGAAGCCUGAGAAAGAAUCCAAGGAGCGGCAUCAGAGACUGUGGGAAGAGCAGCAGGCAGCAGCCAGUGCGGCGAGGGAUCAGGAGCAGGCUGCCAAUGCUUUCCAGGAGCUGGAUGAUAAUACUGAUGGAGUGAUUUCAGUGGCUGAACUUCAGACCCACCCAGAACUAGACCCAGAUGGUGAUGGGGCUUUGUCAGAGGCAGAAGCCCAGGCUCUUCUGGGAGAGGCCUUGCAGGUGGAUGCCACCGGCUUUAGAGAAGGCCUGUGGGCAGCCAUCAAGGAUAAAUACCAGCAAGAGUCCCUGCCCACUAUGCCACCUCUUGCUGAGACCACAGUGGAGGAGAUGCUGGAGACCCCUGAAGAGCCAUCCCCAACUGAGGAUGAGGAUGAAGGUCCUGGGUUGGAGGAAGAGGCAGAGGAGGAUGAAGAUGAUGAAGAGGAGAGCCCCGAGGAGGACAAGGAGACCUUGCCCCCACAGCCAGUCAAGGCGGAUGAAGAGGUAGAGAAGGACAAGAUGCCUCCAUAUGAUGAGAGAACCCAGGCUUAUAUUGAUGCGGCCCAGGAAGCUCGGGAUCAUUUUGAAGAAGCUGAAAAGUCACUGACAGAGAUGGAAGAGUCCAUCAGGAAUCUGGAGCAAGAGAUGGCACUGGACUUGGGUCCCAGUGGGGAGUUUUCCUACCUGUUUGGACAGUGCUAUGAGUUGUCCACCAAUGAGUAUAUUUAUAGACUGUGUCCCUUCAACCGAGUCACUCAGAAACCUAACCAUGGUGGUUCCGAGACCAACUUGGGCACAUGGGGGUCCUGGGAUGCAUCGGAGGAGGAGAAGUUCCAUGUCAUGCAUUACGAACACGGGACGGGCUGUUGGCAAGGCCCCAACCGCUCCACCAAGGUGAAACUGGUGUGCGGUAAGGAAACCGUGGUCACAAGUGCCACCGAGCCAAGCCGAUGCGAGUACCUGAUGGAGCUGGUGACUCCGGCCGCCUGCCAGGAGCCACCCCCGGAGUCUGCAGGGGAUCCUGACCAUGAUGAGCUCUAAGCCCCAGAAUUCCAGGGGACAAUCGAAUACCUCCAGGACCUGCGCACCAUCCCCCUCCUCGCCCCAGCCCAGGGUUCGAGGCCUUGUCCACCAUGGCUCUUUGGGGCUCAGUCCACGGACUCUGCAGUCUUGAUGAAGGUCUCUCUGGGCCGCCUCCUUUGGUCAGAGAAGCCUCAUCCAUUCCCUCUCAUCUUGCUGCUCAAGUGACUGGGACAAUUUGCCCUGGCCUCCCCCUCCCUUGUUGGCAGCUUCACCCACUGAUGGGUGACUGGAUAUCCCUCCCUGGGCCGCACUCUGGGCACAGUGGGCUUCCUAGCCUUCAGGCGUGUCCUGCGUGGGUGGGAGAUCCUGACCUCCUUGUGACUGUGACAAUAAACUCGAUCCUUCCCCACAGCUGGACGUUGGUCUCCUUUCUCUCACUGCCGGAGCCUCUUACUAGAGGUAGUGGGGGGGAGAAGGGGCCUGCCCUACUAGGUGGGGGCAGACUGUGAGUUCGAAUCCCACUUCAGACCUUUCAGGGGAUGUGCCAGCCUUGGCUUCCUCCUUUGUGAGGUCACUCAGUAGUGGCUCCUGCCUCCCUCCAUCCCCCACACGGCCACUCACACACACAUACACACGAUCCAUAAGAUUCUGAACUUUUAUUUUCUGGCAUGAAAAGUACAAAUAAUCCAACGAUUCCAUGUAAAAGUCUGUUACAGCGUCAGGCCUGUAAUCCCAUAAUAAAUAGUCUAAACUCAA